GGCAGAAAAGCAAACUUUAUCAGAAGAAUCUAGUAGCCUUUCUUCUUUUCACUUCUCUUAGGACUCUAGAAGAAGCAGCUUCAGUACCUGUGGUUUAUGCCACUGCUUAUUAUGCUUUGGUGGUUCGAGGUGGUAUGAAGAAGGGUGAGAGCAUCCUCAUUCACUCUGGUUCAGGAGGUGUGGGCCAAGCAGCUAUUGCCAUUGCCCUGAGCAUGGGCUGCCGUGUCUUUGCUACUGUGGGCUCUGCUGAGAAACGUGAAUAUCUCCAAGCAAGAUUCCCACAGCUGGAUGCUAAUAGCUUUUCUAGCUCCCGAAAUACUACCUUUGAGCAACACAUACUGCGAGUUACCAAUGGAAAAGGUGUUAACCUUGUGCUGAAUUCCUUGGCAGAAGAGAAGCUUCAAGCCAGUUUGCGUUGUCUUGCUCGACAUGGUCGCUUUUUGGAAAUAGGCAAAUUUGAUCUGUCUAACAACAGUCAGCUCGGUAAGAAAGGGCAUAAGGAAACAUCUCUUGACACUCUAUAUUUUCUGAACAACUGUCAUUACACAUAA